AUUAAUGUUCAAAAUUUUUCAUUCCUCUGUUUCGCAAUCGAUUCGAAUUGAAGGCUUUCAGAGGGUUCCUCUCUCCUAUUGUGUUCUCAUUCUGCCAUAAACGACCAAAGCCACUCUCAUUCGAAGAACUCAGCUACGCAAUCGUUUUCAGAUCUGAAUCGCAAUUGUUAUUUGCAGAUCUGGAUUGACUGCAUUUUCCGUUCAAUUGCAGGUUCCGCCUAUUUGGAUUCCCUCACUUUCAUGUUCUUCUCCGUGUGUAAGCAGAUCUUGAAAAUUGGCGCCACAGAAACGUUCGCAUCGCCACGUGGGUGGCCAGAUGCAGCAGGGCAAUGCCGCCGCCGCCGCGGCAGCUCUCUACGACAAUACCGCCACCGAUGCCGGCGACGCCGUCAUGGCGCGGUGGUUGCAGUCCGCCGGCUUGCAGCAUCUGGCAUCUCCCCUGGCUUCAACUGGCAUCGACCAUCGCCUCCUCCCGAACCUUCUCAUGCAGGGUUAUGGAGCACAGUCUGCUGAAGAGAAGCAAAGGCUUUUAAAGUUAAUGAGAAACCUCAAUUUUAAUGGGGAAUCUUGUUCAGAGCCAUAUACACCCACUACCCAAACUUUAGGAGUGACUGCAUCCGACGGGUUUUAUUCUCCUGAGUUCAGGGGGGAUUUUGGAGCCGGGCUUUUGGACCUUCAUGCUAUGGAUGAUACAGAGCUGUUGUCUGAGCAUGUUAUUUCAGAACCUUUUGAACCAUCACCCUUCAUGCCUGGAGAUGCUAUAGUAUUUGAAGAUGAUUUUGAUCCAAUUAACAGCAGGCUGGAAGGAGGAGAAGCAGAUGCUGAUGCAUCAAUUUCUUUACCUUUGAAUGAAAAAGAGAAUAGUACGAGGGAAAAUAAUGUUGCUAAGAUUAAAGUUGUGGUACGCAAAAGACCUUUAAACAAGAAGGAACUUACUAAGAAGGAGGAUGAUAUUGUAACUGUAUCUGACAAUGCUUAUUUGACAGUCCACGAAACUAAACUAAAGGUUGAUUUGACGGCUUAUGUGGAGAAGCAUGAUUUUUGUUUUGAUGCUGUUCUUGAUGAGCAUGUUACCAAUGAUGAAGUAUACCGGGCUACAGUAGAACCAAUUAUUCCUACAAUUUUUGAGCAAACCAAAGCUACCUGUUUUGCUUAUGGUCAGACAGGAAGUGGCAAAACAUACACAAUGCAACCAUUACCACUCAGAGCUGCAGAAGACCUUGUUCGACAGUUGCAUCAGCCAGUUUACCAGAAUCAAAGAUUUAAAUUGUGGCUUAGCUACUUUGAGAUAUACGGUGGAAAACUUUUUGAUCUUCUUGGUGAUAGAAAGAAACUUUGCAUGAGGGAAGAUGGACGGCAGCAAGUUUGCAUUGUAGGACUGCAAGAAUUUGAAGUUUCUGAUGUACAGAUUGUCAAAGAAUUCAUUGAAAAGGGAAGUUCUGCAAGAAGUACAGGAUCCACUGGUGCUAAUGAGGAGUCCUCCAGGUCACAUGCUAUAUUACAACUGGCUGUAAAGAAGCACAGUGAGGUGAAAGAGAGCAAGCGGAACAAGGAUGGAAAUGAGGCAAGAAGUGGGAAGGUUGUGGGAAAGAUUUCUUUUAUUGAUCUUGCUGGAAGUGAAAGAGGUGCUGACACUACUGACAAUGAUCGUCAGACACGGAUUGAAGGAGCAGAGAUCAAUAAGAGCCUUUUGGCUUUGAAGGAGUGCAUUCGUGCUCUAGACAAUGACCAGAUUCAUAUUCCAUUUCGUGGAAGCAAACUUACAGAAGUGCUUCGUGACUCCUUUGUUGGCAAUUCAAAGACUGUUAUGAUCUCUUGUAUAUCUCCAGGUGCCGGGUCUUGUGAACACACACUUAACACCUUGAGAUAUGCAGAUCGGGUCAAAAGUCUAUCCAAAAGUGGAAAUCCUAGAAAAGACCAGGCCCCAAAUCCAGUACCACAAAUUAAUAAGGAGGUUUCAUCCACAUCAUCCCUUCCAUCUAGUGCUGGUGCAGAGGAUUUUAAUGAUCAAUGUCAAGAGAAAACUAUGGAGAUAGGCAGGAAAUUUGUUGAAAAGGAAAAUUCUUUGUACAGCUCUGCUGCUGCUGAUGUUGACAAACAGCCAUCAAAUUUUUCUUUAAGUUACCCAUUAAAUGGACGAGAGGAAAAAGGGUUGGCUUCUACUUCAAUGGACAGGAACAGGUUUGAAGCGAAGAACUCAUACAGUGAUUCAACCAGUCAAAAGAUGAACUCUUAUUCACAAAACGAUACAGAAGAGAAAGUGCAAAAGGUGUCUCCCCCACGCAGAAAGGUGUCUAAGGAUGAAAAGUCCGAAAGGCCUGCAAACUGGAUGAAAAGGGAUGCCAAUGGUUCUGAUCUCUUCACCGCAAGCUCCAAGCAGCAGAGCACAGGGAAUAAUAGCACUGUUGCCACUGGAUCCAAGCUUUAUGAAGCAGAAUCCUCUCCUGACGGGAAUAUCAGUGCAGUACUUGAGGAGGAAGAAGCACUAAUUGCUGCUCAUAGGAAAGAAAUUGAGGACACAAUGGAGAUUGUUCGUGAAGAAAUGAAACUCUUGGCAGAAGUGGACCAACCAGGGAGCCAUAUUGACAACUAUGUAAACCAAUUGAGCUUUGUCCUUUCUCGCAAGGCAGCUAGUCUCGUGGGUCUUCAAGCUCGCCUUGCUAGAUUCCAACAUCGACUAAAAGAAGAGGAGAUUCUAAAUAGAAAGAGAGUUCCCCGUUAAUAAGAGACUCAGUUUCUCUUAUUCAAUGUCAUUUAUGAUCUGUUAGCAAUAUAGUUGAAAGGUUUUGUUUGAUAUAAACGGUUCUUUUGUUGGAUGUAUUCUAAUCAAAUUUACUUACAUGUACAUGUCCUUAUGUGAUAUUUUGGCCACCUCGUGCCUUGCAUAUUUGGUGUAAUUGUGUAGGUUGAGUUAUCUGCCCCAAAAUUUUGAGAGGGCAAAGUGAAAAAAUAAAAUAGAAUUUGAUUC